AUGGGAAACCGAAUCUCUAAAAUCAUCGUCCUCCUCCGGAUCGUGGCCUACUCAUUCGGCCAUCUAGGCAGCCACAUCCGCCGACAGUUCUGGCCAGUCAAGCUAGCGCCGUCAUCGGAGUCGCCUCGUAACAUUGUCAUCAUUGGCGCUUCAUUCGCAGGGUACCACGCCGCGCGACUGCUGGCGUCGUCCCUGCCCGCCGACGGCAGCUGGAAGCUCGUCAUCAUCGAGCCCAACACCCAUUACCAGUUCACCUGGACUCUCCCACGGUUCUGCGUCGUCUCCGAUCACGAGGACAAAGCCUUCAUCCCCUACGGCGGGUACCUCCCCGUUGCCGCGCGUGAUCACGUCCGCUGGCUGCGCGGACGCGCCACAGGAAUCAGCCGCACCGCCGUCUCUGUCUCCGAGGAGGGGCGUUCCACCAUUACACAUGUGCCCUACGAAUACCUCGUCAUCGCCACGGGCGCGGGCGUCGGUCUGCAGCUGCCGUCCCGCGUGGGCGCUACGGACAAAGAGACGGGAUGUGAGCUCCUGAGGCAGAUGCAGCGCCAUAUUCGCGACGCGAACAGACUGGUCGUCAUUGGCGGGGGCGCCGCCGGCGUCGAGCUGGCCACUGACGCAAAGAGCAUGUACCCGCACAAGACGGUCACGCUGGUCCACUCGAGACAGGCCGUCAUGCACCGCUUCGGACCGGAACUGCAGGCCGCCGCCUUCAAGGGCCUGGAGGGCCUCGGUGUAGACGUCGUUCUGAAUCAGCGCGCUGCGGGUCACGACGGAUCCGCCGGCCCGGGAUGUCUAACCCUGACGGAUGGUCGGAAGAUUGAGUACGACUUUUGUGUCAACUGUGGUGGGCAGAAGCCGGCGUCCCAGCUAUUAAGCGACAUCGCCCCCAAUGUUAUAAGCGAGUCGGGACACAUACGUAUUAAGCCGACGCUACAGGUCGACGACGAGUCGCUACCCAAGGUUUAUGCGUGUGGCGAUGUAGCCGAGACGAGCGUGAGAAACCCCAAUAGCAGAUCGGCCAUGAGGCAGGCCGAGUAUGCCGCCGACAAUAUCGUUCUGGCUGCGCUAGGGAGGCCACAGACCAACAUUUACAAGAUUAAAUGGGCAGAUGGGUUAACCAAGUUGACUCUUGGACUAUCCAAGUCCGUUAUACACCUUUCAGAUGACAAAGCAGAGCUGUUGAUCGGCUCCGAUGACAAAGAUGAGACCUUGAUGUCGGCCCAGAUGUGGAAGCACAUGGGCGCGAAGCCGUUUAUAGACGACAAUUGUACCAGGUAG